AUGAGGCUCUUAAACUAUAACUACCAACGGCUUGGGAACCAUUGGACAGGUCGAAGCCUUCGUAAAAUUGUGAGGGAAGAAGCUCCCAAUGUGUGUUUCCUUAUCGAGACACGGCUAGAUAUGGAAAGAUUUGACAAGCUAUAUGGUGAAUUACCUUUCUCGAAUAAAAUCAUUGUUAAAAAACCUUACUUAAGGGGAGGCUUAUUAGCUUUAAUUUGGAAGAAUGAAGUGCAGCUAGAGUUAAUUAAUUAUACAGCCAACCAUAUUCUUGUUAAAGUUACAGAAGAGGAUGAUUAUGAGUGGUGGCCGACGUGCUUCUAUGGAUGGCCGGAUGUGACUCAAAGAAGUAAGUCCUGGGAAUUAUUAGAUCAUAUUAAAUCUUUUGUGGGUGAGUCAUGGAUGUGCAUUGGUGACUUUAAUGCCAUUCUUCACUCUACAGAGAAACUUAGUAAACGUCUACCACAACUGAAUCAAAUGGAAGCAUUUUGUGAAGCUUUAAAAGGGUGUCAAUUGGAGGAUCUUGGGUUCAAAGGGUAUCCAUUUACAUGGAAUAAUAAGAGACCAGAGGAGGCAAAUACAAAGCUUAGGCUUGAUAGAGUUGUAGCAACAGUGGAGUGGAAAAAUAAAUUCCAGCUUAGCUCAGUUACUCAUUUACCCCCUCCUGCUUCAGACCACUUGCCUUUAAUCCUCCAAACAAACCAAUUUAGGAAGAAUAGUAUGCAGAGAAGGAUCGGGUUUAAAUUUGAAGAGGCUUGGCUUCUAUGGGAGGAAUGUGAGGAGGUAGUUAAGAAUUCUUGGGAGGUUGUUGUGAAUGGUGGCCACGGGUUGGAGGGUAUCAAGGAUAGAAUCUGGGUUUGUGGAGAGAAUUUGAGGAUGUGGGGGCUGUCCAAAACAAAGCAUAAUGCUAAGGAAAUAAAAUCACUUCAGAAGAAACUUGAAGUAUUAAAUAGUGAGGUGGUCACUGAGGAGUCUAGGGCUGAAUUUUUGGAAGUAAACAAGAACUUAGAUGAUUUACUGAUGAAGCAGGAGAUUUAUUGGGCUUAA